UUUUGUCUUCUCACAUAAAAAGGAAAAUAAAAAAAAAUCGAAAGAAAAAAUAUAGUGUAAAAAAAUGAGUAAUCAAAAGCUUUGCUGAUAACAGAGUGAACCGAACGACAUCUCAGUCUCUCUCUCUACCAAAGAGUCACAAUUUUCUCUCUCUAGGAUUCCAUUCUCAGAGCUCAAAAAUGGCGUUCCUGUCUUCAAAUUCUCGAUCUCCACCAGUUCAUAUUCCUGUGGCACCACAGCUGUUCGAUCCUCACGCAUUUGAUCACACCAAUGCUUUCUGCUCAUAGUGUUUCUUCGUAUUCAAGGUGUGUGUUCGUCUAGGGAUCGAUUUCGCCGUCGGUUUGGCUCAGAUCUGAGGGGUUCGUAUUCGUCGGUAUCAGUGAUGUCGGAGUCCGCUAAUUUUUUCACUUUUGUUAACAGCACUGGGGUAUUGAAAAAGGUCCAGUGGUUAAUCCUGAAACAGUUGCUCAUUUUAUGUUAUGUGUUCUACAUCACUGAUGCCGAUUUACCCGAUAAUGUAUUCAAAGCAAAGUUGUUAUCUCCAACUAGUGGGCCUUUAGCUGCGCCUGCUAUUUCUGAUCUCCCCCUGCCAGCCAAUUUGCCUUUGUUUCAUAAACCACAUUGGAAGCAAUUUUCGCCUCAUGGUGCACCUACUCAGCCUCCAAAUUAUGGACCACUGGUAACCACUACUCACCCGCCUUCAAGCUCACGUUUGUCAAAACCAUCAAUGAAGAAGAGUGGAUUAGUGCCACCUGUUGUCGGUCUUGCACCUCCACACUUGGCAGAUGUUGCCCCAACGCAGUCCACUGCUGGUACAGUUCCUACUGGUUUAGCACAGCCACCACUAUCUCCUUACACAUCCAACUGCUGUGAACCAUACACGGUGCUAAAACGAGGGAGCCAAGGUUGCCACUGCGUUUAUCCAAUAAAGCUUGAUCUUCUUCUUUUGAAUGUCUCAUCGAAUCCAAAUGGGAAAGCUUUUCUAGAAGAGUUUUCUUCCCAACUUGGUUUGCGGGUUUCUCAGAUCGAAUUGAUCAACUUUUAUGUACUCAGUUUGUCAAGACUUAAUAUUUCUAUGGACAUUACUCCGCACACGGGGAUCAGUUUCUCUGCCGGUGAAGCAUCUGCAAUAAACUCUUCGCUUUCCCUUCAUAGGGUUCGUCUAGACCCUACAUUGUUCGGUGAUUACAAACUUCUCAAUAUGACCUGGUUUAAGCCGUCAGCUCCUGCUGAGGCUCCCUUUGUUGCUAUGUCACCUGCAAAAGCACCUCCACAUCUGCCCUCGACUCCUACGUCACUUGUUGUUUCAAGCAAAGAGAAACAUCAAAGUUUAAUUCUUAUUGUUGGAAUUGGUGCUGGCAUCUUAAUCAUUGCUAUUAUAUCUGUGCUUAUAAUUUGUUCAUGUACAUCUUAUCAAGGAAAGAAACAAGCAUCUUCAAAAGAACCUGCAAAGUCAAGGAUUGUGGAUGCAGUUCCAGCAGCGGGAUCACUUCCCCACCCAACCAUUCCAGCAGCAGGAUCUCUUCCCCACCCAACGAGUACACGGUUUCUUGCAUAUGAAGAACUCAAAGAAGCAACAAAUAACUUUGAACCUGCUAGCAUACUUGGAGAGGGUGGGUUUGGUAGAGUUUUCAAGGGCGUCUUAAAUGAUGGUACAGCUGUAGCAAUAAAGAGGCUUACUAGUGGAGGGCAACAAGGGGAUAAGGAGUUUUUAGUCGAGGUUGAGAUGCUUAGUAGGUUGCAUCACCGUAACCUUGUGAAACUUGUGGGUUAUUACAGUAAUCGUGAUUCUUCACAGAACCUCCUUUGUUACGAGCUUGUCCCAAAUGGAAGUUUGGAGGCCUGGCUCCAUGGUCCAUUGGGAGUAAAUUGUCCUCUGGAUUGGGACACCAGAAUGAGGAUUGCUCUUGAUGCUGCAAGAGGACUUGCAUACCUGCACGAGGACUCCCAACCUUGUGUUAUUCAUAGAGAUUUCAAGUCAUCCAAUAUAUUACUUGAGAACAACUUUCAUGCUAAAGUUGCUGAUUUUGGCCUUGCUAAACAGGCACCUGAAGGCAGGGCAAAUUACCUGUCUACCCGUGUGAUGGGGACAUUCGGGUAUGUAGCCCCUGAGUAUGCUAUGACUGGACAUCUACUGGUAAAAAGUGAUGUCUACAGCUAUGGAGUUGUCCUACUUGAGUUACUGACUGGAAGGAAGCCCGUGGAUAUGUCACAGCCAUCUGGAAAGGAGAACCUUGUUACUUGGGCCAGGCCAAUACUCAGAGAUAAGGAUAGAUUACAAGAACUUGCUGAUCCGAGGCUAGCAGGAAAUUACCCAAAGGAAGAUUUUGUGCGGGUGUGCACGAUAGCGGCUGCUUGUGUUGCACCUGAGGCUGGCCAAAGGCCGUCUAUGGGGGAAGUGGUACAAUCACUUAAAAUGGUUCAGCGAGUUAUGGAGUAUCAGGAUUCCAUGUUAAACAACUCCAACACCAGGCCCAACCUUAGGCAGUCAUCUACUACCUUUGAGUCAGAUGGUACAUCUUCAAUAUUUUCUUCUGGUCGUUACUCUGGUCUAAGUGGCUUUGAUAAUGACAACAUCUCUCGGACAGCCCUAUUCUCUGAGGAUCUUCAUGAAGGCCGGUGAGCUUUAAAGCUCUUUUGACUUCCCAUUUGAAGGUGGAGAUAUCUGACUAAGAUUUGUGGAAAUGGCAAGGGCUUAUAUGAAUGUUUGAGUGUGGGGGUUGAGAAUAGGUCCUUUUACCAGAAUCCAAUGUGUAGCACAUUUUUUGGUUUACCCUUAGACAGUGAUUGUUUCUCUACACGGUGGAUGAAGUGUGUACAUAUGCCUGGUAGCUCUGUUUUAUUGGAUUGGCUUUAAAUGUAUCCAAUCAAUUCCUUUUUUCUUUUGGUAUUUUAUUUCCUUGGUUCAUGUAAUAUUUUUUAGUGUUUUUUUUUUUUUUUAAAUCUUUUCUUUUCUUUCAAAAUCAAUCUUGAAAAUGCGAGAAGUUGUGUUAGGUGAACUGUGGAAAACUAUAUUGUCUGUUCAGCUGAUCAGAAAACUUUAUUGCUUCAUGCAUAUGCAUUUAAAUUUUUUUAUUUA